AGCUGACUGACCCUCUGCGCUUCUCCAGUUGGAUUGUAGAACGCGAUGACCGUCCCUUCUGCGGAGGAGCUGGACUCCUUCAAGUACAGUGACCUGCAGAACUUAGCCAAGCGUCUGGGCCUCCGGGCUAACCUGAGGGCAGACAAGUUGUUAAAAGCCUUAAAAGCCCAUCUUAAACAUGAAGAAAGAAAAGAAAAUAAGAAUCAGGAUGAAAGUCAAACUUCUGGAUCCUCCAAGGAUGAAACUGUGAUACAGAUUAACAGUCAUGAACAAGCCAACAGGGAGCCAAUUGGCAAUAUCACCAAAAGGAGGAGGUGCAAGACAGUUCAUGGGCACCCUGACUCUCAGCAGGAUCAUUCUGAGGUAAAAAUGAGUGAUGAUACUGAAUUCCAGAAUCAAGAAAAGCAGAAAAACCAGGAUCUUGGAACUACUGCAAAAGUUCCUUCUCUGCCAGACCAGAGCCAAGGAGAUGAUAAUGUUGUUUCCUCAGGAAAAAGUGAGAUGAAUGACAAUGAAGAUUCAAAGGGACCUUCAGAAAGAAAGUCACUCUACACAGAUGGGUUUUCCAAACUUGGAAACAAUAAAAGAACUACAGUCACUACUCCAAAUUUUAAGAAGCUUCAUGAGGCUCGUUUUAAGGAAAUGGAGUCCAUUGAUGAAUAUAUUAAGAGAAAAAAGAAACAUUUUGAAGACCACAACUCCUUUCAUGAACUGAAGAAGCAGCCUGGCAAUAAGGGAGGAGUAGUAACUCCAGUUCCUCCGAAAGGAAGACUCUCUGUGACUUGUACACCAAUCAGCCAGCAGCGCUCAAAAGGCCAAUCACAUGGCCCUGCAAGUCGGAGCACUAGGUAUCUGAAGGGGUCAGUCAAGCACUCUCCUCUCUCAGCAGCUAAAAUGAGUGUCAGGUUUUCAGCUGCUACUAAAGAUAAUGAGCAUAAGCAUUCAAUGAUCAAGACUCCAGCUAGAAAGUCUCCACAUGUGACCACAUCUGGGAAAACCUCAGAAGGCCAUGCUGUGCUUGGAACACCCAAUUUAAAGACCAACAGAGGGAAUUCUGCUGCAGUUAUUAUCCCAUUCAAGUUAACAACUAUGGCAAUGCAGACUCCAGUCUCCAAUAAGAAACCAGUAUUUGAUCUCAAAGCAAGUUUGUCUCGUCCCCUCAACUAUGAGCCACACAAAGGAAAGCUGAAACCAUGGGGGAAAUCUAAAGAAAAUAAUUCUCUGAAUGAACAUGUGGACAGAGUUACGUUCCAUAAGAAAACCUAUAAACAACCUCAUCUCCAGACCAGGGAAGAGCAGCGGAAGAAACAAGAGCAAGAACGAAAGGAGAAGAAAGCAAAGGUUUUGGAAGCUCGAAGGGGCUUCAUUAUACUUAAAGAUGAGUAAUUUGUUAAUGUCCUAUAAAUAUUCCUUUAUUCUGAAAUUGUUUUCUGAAAUUUUGUAAAUAUUUUUAUAUUGUCUUUCCCACUUUCGUCAGAGAUCUUUCUCUGUUAACUUUUAUUCAUAAUCUGUAUAGCAUCUAUGUGUUUUUUAUGUUCUGGCAUUCUUUGGAAUAGUGUUUAUCUUAAGUCCCUGUACAGCCCAGUUUUCUCAUGAGACAUCUUAGAGCUUAACCUAGAUCUUUAAUGUCAAGCUUCUUUACUAUUUCUAACAUUAACAGCCUUGCUGUCCUCUAUGCAAUAGCAUUUACCUGAUGAAGCUAGUCAUACCACAAGCUUAAGUAGAAUUUGAACAAUAAAAAGUUAACAAUAAGAAAGCUGGGACCAAAAGGCCACCUCUUAUCUUCUAACCUACAAAAUCUAGCAAUCUUGAAACUGGACAAAUGGUUGCCCAUAUGAAAAUGUUUAUAAUAAAGACUUCAUGUCAUUGCUACCUGUCAUUCACUAUAUCCUUAAAAAUAAAAUUCUAUAUCUCAUUCUAGCCUUUCAUAUUUAAAAAUAAAAGCUAUAAGCAUAUUUAUAUAUAAAAUCUAUCAAUUUUAGAUGGAUGGGGGUAUAGCUUAGUGAUAGAGCAUUUGCCUAGCAUGUGGCAGGUCCUAGGUUUGAGCCCCAACACACACACCAAAAAAAAAGUGUAUUACUGCUUUAAGGAUUAAAGUGCUGUCACUGUCAAAUUUGUAUCUUAAUAAUUUUAUGGAACCCGGUGCAGUGGGACACGCCUGUAAUCCCAGUGGCCUGGGAGGCUGAGACAGGAGGAUCUCAAGUUCAAAGCCAGCCUUAGCAAAAGCUAGGUGUUAAGCAACUCAGUGAGACCCUGUCUCUAAAUGAAAUACGAAAUAGGGCUGAGGAUAUGGCUCAGUGGUUGAGUGCCCCUGAGUUCAAUCCCCAGUACCUCACCCCCAUCAUAUUAUUCUUUCUUGCAAUAAUUACAUAGAGCUUCUGUGUUAUAUACUGCUCAAGAACUUUAUAAAUAAAAUUUUUUUUGUUGUGGUGGUGGAUUCUUUUUAGACAAGUCAUCCAUGAUUUGGAUGAUCAGCUAAGAUCAUAAGAGGUUACCUAUAUCCUUCAUACACUUUCCUGGACCACCCACUUCUACCCCAAGAGUAAAUUACUAUAUUCUUCCUUUUUAUACUGUCUUUCUGGUCUUUAUAUUGUCUUACUGGUUUUUAUCAUAAUUAUUAGUUUGCAUAUAUGUUCAGAAUGUGGCACAUGCCUAAAAAAAUCAGAUUUUCCAACAAGAAACUCCUGGAUCAUAUACACUUCUGAGAAUGUAAAAUGGUACAACCCCUUUGGAAAAAAAUUGCUAACACUUUAAAAAGUUGUAUGUCUGUCUACUAUGUUAUUCAGCCACGGGACUUCUAGUUACUCAAGAAAACUAAAAUCAUAUGUUCCUAUAAAAGACUUGUAUCUGAA